AAGCACAGACAGACAGUGUACCUUCUUCCUUAAUUUUUUCUGUGUUCUUUCUCUGUAUUCAUGGGGAAGAAACAAGAUUCAUUAAUGUCCACGAAAUUCCAUGUGUUGUUUCUCCUUAUUAUGAUGGCAACACUUUUGGGAUUUGGGCAUGGGCUAAAUAGAAUUGAUCAAGCCCGGAGAAUAAUGUGGUUGCGCCGGGCUAAAAUGCAGCUUCAUCAUGGCAUCCCUGUGGAAACUGAGCCAUGGAGUGAAGAAGAAAUGGUGUCGUCAUUUUCUGAUGUGGGAAGCAUGGAGGAUGAUCUCAUCGAAGGCGGCCUUCCGGGGCAGCCAUCAAACGUGAAGUUUAAUCAGUAUGCAGGGUAUGUUAAUGUGGAUAAAAUGAAUGGGAGAAGCCUUUUCUAUUACUUUGCUGAAUCUGCAGACAGUCCUGACACUAAGCCUCUCAUUCUGUGGCUUAAUGGAGGUCCUGGCUGCUCCUCACUUGGGGUGGGUGCCUUUGUAGAGCUUGGGCCUUUCGGCGUUAACCCAGAUGGCAAAACCCUUUAUUCAAGAAGAUUUGCAUGGAAUAAGGUUGCAAAUACAUUAUUUCUGGAGUCACCGGCAGGCGUUGGUUUCUCUUAUUCCAACACUUCCUCGGAUUAUGAUAAGUCAGGAGACAGGAGAACCGCGAAGGAUGCGUACAAGUUCUUAGUAAAUUGGUUCAAGAGAUUCCCACAUUACAAGACUAGGGACUUUUACAUUAUAGGAGAAAGUUAUGCAGGAUAUUACAUCCCCGAGCUAGCCGAUGUAAUUGUCAAGAGGAAUAUGAUGCCCAAGACCACACUAAAGAUCCCGCUCAAGGGAAUUAUGAUAGGGAAUGGGAUAAUGAACGAUGACACGGAUGUGAGGGGCGGGUACGACUAUCUUUGGAGCCAUGCCCUGAUUUCAGAUGAAACUCAUCGUGGGCUGAUAGAACACUGUGUGGUGAAUUUUAGCAUAAAAUGUGAACAUUUUGAAAGGGCAGCAGGGAUGGAGAUUGGAAGCAUAGAUUUUUACAACAUUUAUGGGCCCUUGUGUUUGGAUUCGGAGAGUUCAAGGAAGGUAAAGCGGCGGCUGGGAUUCGAUCCUUGUGAGGAGGAUUAUGUUUACAGUUAUCUCAAUCUUCCUAAGGUGCAAAAAGCCUUGCAUGCCAACAAUACAAAACUCAAUUACACUUGGGAAGUCUGCAGUGAGGUGAUUACAUACUGGAAAGACCGCGCAUCAACAAUGUUCCCAAUAUACAGGAGGUUAAUAGCAUCAGGCCAAAAAAUACUUCUGUUUAGUGGGGAUGUGGAUUCAGUAGUGCCAGUGACUUCCACACGGUAUUCUGUGAAUGCUAUGAACUUAAAAGUGAUCAAACCUUGGCAUCCAUGGGAAGAUGGCACCAAAGAAGUGGGUGGAUACAAAGUGGUGUACGAGGGCUUAACUUUCGCCACAGUGAGAGGCGCUGGCCAUGAAGUUCCACAGUUUAAACCUCGCAGUGCUUUGGCCUUGCUCAACAUGUUUCUGGCCACAAAUCACCAUUGAAUUGUGUGGAGCUGAUGAGCUUGCUUGGCACACACAUUUUUCACCUUAAUUUCCUCAGCUCUGAUCUGAUCUUCUAUUGCCAAAUUAAAAUUCUAGUACUGCUACUCACCUCUGUAUUUCACAACAUUCAAAACAAUUACGUACACAAAUUAAUAUAAUCCGAGGCCGCCCAUGGGAUUCUUGCAA